UUGUCAAUGCAACAUUCCAGUCCAAAAUAACAGAAACAGCUGACAUCAUGGUUGGAACAUGUUAUAUGGUAUUUGGUAAGUCUGUUUCCAGGGUAAGUGAAUUUUUGGAAUCCUCCUUACAAUUUUUUUUUUUGUGAUUUUUUUUUUUUUUAUUUCAUGUUCUGGAGACUAUGAUAAGAAUGGGGAGGUUUAGAAACAACUCUUUCUUUUUCAUAACUGGAAAAGAACAGAAUAAAUCAACGUAACAAGCCAUGUAUUUUUAGUAAAAAGAAAACACCUAUUUGAAUUUGGUUGUUUUAAUCAUUUCACAGUAAGUAUAGACAUUUGAUUGACUUCCAAGAUUUAAGAUAAUUUUUCAGCAUUCAACUGCAAAGCACUGUGUGACUAGUUACAGUAAUCUAUAUAUACAUACAGGGGUCAGAUCCUUUUUACAAUGGUAAAUUUUAACUUGAAUCUUAAUGUAGACCACUGACCUCAGGGGGAGGUAGACAAGUUUACACUAUAUGAGAAUUAGGUCUGCAAUAUUUUGCAUUUUUUAUGUAAUUAACAUGAUUCUCUGGUGUCUAACCCUUGUGCAGACCUCUUCAUCCAGAAGCACCUUGACAUCUGAACUAAUGCAGGAUUGUAACCUUACAUUCCUAAACAACAAAACCAAGUCAAAUUUCCUAGGUUUUGUGCAUGAGAAAUCUCAAUAUUUUAUUUCCAUGGGAUUGAGGCUGUUUAUACCAUUGAUGAAUAUGGUCCUAUGCCAGGGGUGGGCAAAAUCCGGCCUGUCAAAUGAUUCUGUCCAGUGCAGCUGCUUCUCUGAUGGAGAAUUGUAUCUGGCUUUGUCUGCCCUGGCUUUUGGUGCCUCUUUCCCUUCUCCCUUCCCUGUGCCAGCUGGCUGCAGGAGCAGCAGCCACUCCUCUCCCCAGCCUGCCUUGCCUUGCCUUGCCCUCUAACCCUCAGUGUACACUCCAAGGCAGGGGUCCCUGAGCUCCUGGCUAGGCUUCUGCUGCUGGCUGUGUGCAGCUCCGGCCCUGCGACUGUUUGCAAACCAGACACCCUGGUGAGUUGAAGCUCAGGUAAGAUUCUCCCCUGUGUGGGGGACAGGGAGCAGGGGGAGAAAGGCCAAGAGACAUGAGUUAUCCAGGCUCUGCUGGGCCACAGGCACUGCUGAGGUGGUGCUGCACUGUGGCCCUGUGUGCCGCUUUGGGCUGCACCACAUAGGUGCAGGUGGUGUGGCUCCUGCCUGAUCCUGGCGUGUCUCUUGCCCAACUCUGAGCACAUGGCUAGGUUGGGCAGGAGCAGUGCCAGCUGUGCUCACAUAACACACAGCGACGCAUGGGAACACAGUACGACACGGACCCUGCUCAGCUUGGCCUGGCCACAUGUCAGGGACUUGGGGAUGGGGGGGUGCUCGGAGAAGGGGGGAACAAAGUGUGGCACUGGCCCAGCUGUAACCCAGAUAACCCGCAGCUCCUGGCCCCCUUCUCCCUGCACCCCCUCCCAUGCCCCGAGUCCCUGGCACAUGACUGGGCUGGGUUAGUGCCAUGCUGUACUUCUGGCUUUGCAACAAACUGGUAUUUGCAGUUUUUUGAUCAGAAAAAAAAUCCUGAGCUUGACUUUUUCCUCCUUACAAAUGAAAAUAAGAUUUUUUUUUGGUGAGAUUUUAUUACUGGUUCUAAUGUUCUUCAUUCAGAUAAACAAAAUGCAAUUUCACACACUAAAUAAUGAAUUUCAGGUGGAAUUGUGCAUAGUGCAUCUGUUUUAGGAACAUGUGUUGAAUACUCCCUUCUACCUUAACUUGAACAAGAGCAUGUUCAGCACAAUGCUACCUUUUUAUUUUCUCUAGAGAACCAGCCCAUCUUAGAUCACUGUUUCUUGUUUCACUGUGGCUUUCCAGCAUGUACUAUGUUUGUAAUAGCAGAGAUGCUGAGAGCAUUAAAAUGUGAUGUUUACAAUAUUUAAAAUAGAGAAACUAAUUAUUUAAUAGCUAAAAAGACAGCUGCCCCAAAGGAGUUGGUCCUCCCUUAGGGCACCUAUACAUGAGCAGACUCAAUUAAUCGAGUCUGCUAGAGUGUGGUAAUUACCACGCUCCAGCUGACUUCAGCAUCUUGUGUAUCAGCAUCCCCGUACUUAAAAAUAGUGAUGGGGGUGCUUUAUCCAAAGCUCGUUCAAUGCUAUUUUUAAGCAUGGGGAUGCUUAUACACAAGGUGCUUUAGUUAGGGUGGUUCUCGGAGUCGCUUUAAAGUGCCCCCCCACUCCAGGAGCACAUAUUUGGAUGCUCUUAAUGUCUCUGGCUAACUUUGUGAUCCAGCACAAUCCUAAAAUAGCUGUGGCAUUGAUUGUGUGCAUGCUGGAACAUCAGAGGAAACCAUGAGCAAUGGUACAAGUGGGGAGGAACACGGUGGGACCUGAAAAUGAGAAAAAAGGGUAAGCUGCUGUUUUGGAACAAUGUGAUGAUCAUCCUACUGAAGUUGUUGAGCCCGACCAGAAUUGUUGCUGCAGCUGGAAUUUUCACAUUCUUGUGGCAGCUCAUCUUGAUAGGCAAGAGUAAUUCCAGUGCCUGGAGUUUUCAAACCAUUUAUGCCCCAUGUCAUAUGAUAUUUCUCAUAAGGAAAUAUGUCAUGCAUGAAUAAUUUAUGUUCUAACUGAAGCAUUGGCCCUAGUGAAAAAUGGAAAAAAAAAUUGCACGUAACCUUUAAAAAAAAAAUGGUUUAUUUCAUUUUGAAACAUUCUGAUUAGAAAUAUCUUCAAAAGCUGUGGUAAUUUUUUUUUAGAAAUAUUAAGAUUUUAAAUAUCAGAAUUUUAAAUUUUAGCUUUUAUCUUCUCUGCUUUUUCUCUAAUUUCUUUUUUCCUCUUUUUCCAUUGAUUGUUUCUUCACAGAUUUUUUUUUUUCACCCCAUUUUUCCUUCUACUGUCCUAACUUUAAAAAGGCAACAUUUUGGAAAAUUAAACUGGUAGAAGGAAAAAAUGAUCCACUUUCAUUAUGAAGAUACAGUUCAUUUUGAUGCACUUUGGGGGUGGGGGUGGGGGAAGAGCAGUAGGUCUAUAGGGAAAUGAUGAUAUUUAAAAAAAUUUUUUUUUUUAAUUUUGAGAUCUAAUAAAGUGAUAAUUUUUUUUUUUUUUUUUUUAAAGAAUCAAUGGGGGAAAAGGGCUCUUUGAUUUGGAAAAUAGUUUUGAACAAAAUAGUUUUGACCAGUGCAGACAAUCCCAGCUCUUACAUUAAAAUCCCUUUUUCUUUUCCUUUCUUUUCCACCUCAAAUUUUUGGGAUAGGUUUAAUAAGGUCCAGGGUAGAAAACAAUUUAGUACCAAAUAAUACAAUUCUUUAAGUAGCCCAACAGCGAAUCCAGCUGGUUCAUCUCUUUCCUGUGAAAACCAGAUGUUCUGUAUAGAACCUUUGAAAAACUGGACAAUAUGACUAUACUACUGCCCCAUGGUACCAUCCACCCACUCCCAGUUGGCAUAUGCAAGGCUCAGAAAUGAAGCAGUGAAGCUGUCCUGAGGGCACUUUUCCUGCUGCUGCUGUCAGUCCUGCCAUAGGUAGAGGUCAUGUAAACAGUGGUUGGAAAUGCUCCAAAAGUGGUUUCAUCUCCUCAUUUCCAGGCCUGGCACGUGCAAAGGGGGCAUGGAUGGAUGGGUUAUAUUUGAGAGCAGCCACUCCUGGAAGUAAACAUGCCAUAAGUUGCUACUAAAUCACCGAAUAUGAAAACAUAUAAAAUGAGGGACAACCUAUAACUGCUGUAUUAAUGAGUCCCCGCUGAGUUUUUUUUAAUGUACAGUUUGAGUUUGAUUUCUAAUCCAGAAGCCAGCAUGCUACCUCUAGGUAUAUUUAACGAGUCAUCCUGGUAAUUCAGAGGUAGGGAAUGAAUGAUUGCUCUUCUGACAUGGUAAGCUACUACCUACAUGUGCCUUGUAUCAUCAUGGGUAAGUGGAAUAUAAAAACUGUAUUAGGUUCUGAUAAAGUGAAACAUACUGAGGAUAAUGGAGAGAACAUUUAAUUUCAUUUCUUCGUGGUACCUUUUGUAUUAUCAUUGACUGCAGUUUAGUCUUAAAUAAGGUAUUCCUGUGAAAAUGUACCAAAGAAAGAAUAUAUAAGGAGAGUGAUUUAGGGGUCAGAGCACUGGGCUGGGACACAAGACAUGAACAUGACCGUUGGUGCUACUACAAACCCCUAGGUGAAGGGCGUCUUAUGCAGAUCAUUUAGUUAAGUGGAUAAAAUCUGUAUAAAGAUUGUAAGAAGCUCUGAUACUGUGGUAGUGAGGGCCAUUUAAGUACCUAAAUGGAAGGAAGGAAGGUUAUCAAAUGUUGUGUUUUUUGGGUUUUUUUAAUGAAGGUGCUUAAGAUUUUUUUUGACUGUUCAUCCCAUAAGCAUUGGACAUACAUUAUUUCCAUGUAAAGAAUAUUAACAUAAUUAACAAAAGUAUUUCAUUCCAUUUACUCUUUUUCCAUAGGAAUAUGCUCCUUUUGUGGGAACACUGUUCUCCUGUAUGUUUCAUAUAAGAAAAAGAAUUUGCUGAAACCAGCAGAGUACUUCAUAAUCAACCUUGCCAUCAGUGACCUUGAUGGCUGUAUGGUAAACAUGUUUGCUUGUUCUAUGCAUUUUGUGCUGUAUUGUUUGGGAUCUGCAGUAUGUCGACGCUGUCGUUAUUGAGUAUCGUGUGCUGCCUCAAAAUCUGUUUCCCGGCUUAUGGGAACAGAUUCAAGCGAGACCAUGGUCGAAUCUUGUUAACCUGUGCUUGGACCUAUGCAGCAAUAUUUGCCUUUUCACCUCUAGCUCACUGGGGAGAGUAUGGAGAAGAACCGUAUGGUACCGCUUGUUGCAUUGACUGGCAUUCAGCUAAUGUCAGUGUGGUGGCAAUGUCUUACAUUGUAGCUGUCUUUAUCUUCUGCUUUAUCCUCCCAUGUGGGGUAAUUGUCACAUCCUACACCCUUAUUUUAAUAACUGUGAAAGAAUCCAGAAAAGCAGUGGAACAGCAUAUCUCAGGCACCACCAGGAUGAGCAACAUGCAGGCUAUUACAAUCAAGGAAUGUAGUCAUCAUUGGAAACAUCUGGACCAGAUUUUCAGUUGGUAUGUAAACAUAUGUAUGUUGGAGUUGCAUGCAUUGGCACCUACUCAGGAUCUACCUUUCUAUGGGCAGAUGAGUGUUGCUGUAUGCACUGGAUUUUUUGCUGCAUGGAGUCCAUAUGCUAUCAUAGCCAUGUGGGCCGUCUUUGGAUCCACGGAGAGGAUUCCUCCACUAAUUUUUGUUGUGCCAGCUGUCUUUGCAAAGUCCUCAACACUCUACAACCCUGUUGUUUAUCUUCUCCUGAGGCCUCAUUUCCGAAAUACCAUUGCCCCAGACUGUGCAGAUCUUCAGCAAUUAUGCAUCAGGACUUGCUUUUGUCUCAAAGCCCUACCGAACUGCAGCUACAGAUCAGUUCUGGACGUCAGGCUGAAAACAUUUAAAGGACGAAAUGAAUCCAGCUGUAACUCUGUGCAGACUGUAGAAGGAUGCUCCCCCUAUCUCCCGUGUGAAAAGUGCAAUGAUACUUUUGAAUGCUUUAAGAACUAUCCAAAAUGCUGUCCUGAAAGGUUCAGUACUAUAGAGUGCACUACUCAAGAAAAUGUGUCCUUUGAAAAUAACUUCCAAGUUAAAGUGAAGCAGGGCACCAAGAAAUCUGUAAGAGUGGUUGUUCGAGGAGAAAAAAGAUCUGAAACUGACCAUUUGGAAAUCACUUUAGAAGCAACACCUGUGUGCAGUAGAUUUACAGACCUUUAAGGUUUGUUAAAUAAAACCUUCCAGAAAGUAAUGAACUUACGAAUGCAACCUUUGCUAAACAUCACUUCCACCAUUCCCUUUUCUAUACAGUUCUCCUGACUCCCUUCUAUGUCAUCUGAUAAAACGUUUUAUAUUCUGUGGGUUCAAGACACAACUUUAAUGUAGAUAAGAAAGUUUUAAAACAUGGCCUGCUGUUUUAAGUAUUGCAAAAAUUAAAAGAUAAAUGCUAUGUGAAA